UAUAAAUCAGCCUGAACUUUUCACUGUUUUUGACAGAAAUGUGACAGUGAAACCCCUAUAUGACUGUUCAUGUCUGUACACGAUAAAUGAUUCUGCACUCAAAAAAAUGAUUCUUGCCUGUAAUUGAAAUUAAGCAAACAAUUUAAAUAGAGUUUGUUUAAAAAAGUAAAAAAUAACUAUUAUUGUUUCAAAUUAUGCUGUCUCAACAUGAAUUUAAUGGACUCGAAACAAACCUGCUCAAAUUACAUAAACUAUACUUAAUUGGUUGCCGUAAAGAGCGAAUGCAGAGGUUGCGCAUGCGCGUAAUUUAAAAACACUGAAGGCGACAGGACGGGCAUGCGCAUCGGUUAGGAACACUGAAGGCGCCAGGACGGGCUUGCGCAUCGGUUAGGAACACUGAAGGCGGGCUAGCCGGCGGGCUAAGCGCGAGGAAGACAACGGUAGCAGAGAAGUGACAGUGAAGAUCUGAUCGGGAGAGUAUACAAGAGAUCUCAUCGUUGUGACAUUCCACAUUGUCUCCAGUUUGGGACAAUCACUCAAUUACAAUAUGUGAGUCUUGAGAAUGUGGCAAUGUAAAGUGUGUGGCACAGAAGUAUCCAGUAGGAGGAAGACGAAUGGUGACCCUGAAGAGGCACAUCCUCAUUUAAGAAAAAAGAAAGAUGUCGAGUCCAGUCAAUCUAAGGAUUGUUUUUGGUGGGGAUGAAGAUGCAAGAAAGCUUGCACUUAAGACAGGAAUCCCAAAGUCUGUGGAUGAACUUGUCCUUGAAAUAAUGACUGUUUUUGGUGUAAAGCAAAAGUUCAGGCUCCAGUACAAAGAUAAGGACUUUGGAAAUGAAUACAUGAAUCAGGAAGACAGGGAUACCCUGAAAGUGAUUUUUCUGUCAACUGAUGACUUUAACUCCUGCAUGCAUGAGACUGCACCUGAUGUACCGUCCUGUUCCAGCAUUCUUGUUCCUUUGCACAAGACAACCUGUAGCUCUGACUCUCCUAACACAAGACAUGCUAGCCCUUGUCAAUUUGACUCAGUCUCAGAAGUCUACUUGUCUGAGGACUCAUUUUCCAGCAGCACCGAGACUGUCUUAAUUAAGUCUCCGGAGUCAAGAACCAGUUCUUGGCCUCAGGUUUUUGUAAUUCCUCGUUUUUCUUGUUCUGCUGAAAUUCAGCUUCAGAGAGCUGACACAGAGUUCAACAAAAGUGAAAUGCUACUUAUUCCACCACCAAAAUUAAGAUCUGACAUUCUUGAAGGCAUGGCUGAGGAGAUCUUUAGGUAUGCUGCAUACCCCACUGAUAGUCAGCUUGAUCAGGCAGCUGAAGCCUUGAUAAAUGUCCACCCUUGCUUGAGGGAAAAGGGAACUCGCACUGGUCAUGAAGGAUGGAAACACUAUCUAAAGAUAAAGAUGGCUAAUUUCCGCUCAAAACUCAGCAAGAUUGGACACCCAGAAAUCACUGUAAAUUCACUUAGGAACAAGCGUGAAGGUCGGGGUAAAGCAGCAUCAAACAUCAAAAAGCCAAAAAAGGCUGAGGUGAAUUUCCUUCCCUGCCUUCCAAGAGGAGAAACAGCUGAUAGUAUGGAGAAGGAAAGAAUUGCUCUCUUAACUGAAGUGAAAAAAAAUAAUAAUGAGGCAGUCAUAAAAGAAAAAAUGCACUUGACCUUCUCCUAUAGGCGACAAGAGUUGGUUGAGGACUUGCCAAUGGUUUCUGAUUUACAAAGUAGAUGGCCUGCCCUGUUCACAGUCAAUGAAAUAAAUGCAGAAUUUAUGAGGAUAACGACUGUGCCUCUUCUGUCAAAGUUUUUCGCGCAGCUGGACAAAUACACUGCUGAUCUACAGAAGGUUUUCAGCGGCAAAGGAGGUGCUUCUGGACAGAAGAUAUCACGCAUCAUGACAGUUGCAGACAAGUGUGGUGACAUACACAUCAAGCGAGAUUGUGUCAUACAGAGUCUGUGUGUGUACUUCAAUGAGGACAUGACAACAGUUGUCAAAGAAUUCGAGGAUAGCAACCCUAAAGAAGCAGAAGCAAGAAUUUCUGAGACCACUCUGGGGCUUUUUGUGAUUCGCAAGGAAGGUGCUGGUGCUGAGGAGGAGCCAAGUGAUGUUGGAGUUGUGAUAGAGGGUGUAACGCUGCUAGAGAACCUAAAGAGUAUUUCCUUUGGAUUAGUAAUUCUCUUUGGACUGAUCUACGCUCUCAAUUUAAGCUAUCCUCAAGGUCUCAAGUUCACAUUUGAAUUCUUUCAGAAGGUACUGAUGAACUUAGAUGGCAGCAAGCUGUCCCCAAAGGUACAAGCACUUAAAAUUAAAAUGUUUCAGUGAAUAGGACAUUCACUGUUUGCCUACAUGCCUUCAACUGGAACAACAUUGAAAACCUUUAGACAAGAAUGCCCUAAAAGAUAUAUUUCUACCGACUGAUGACACUAACUCCAGUAUGCCAUGGACUGCACUUUCUUUUCUUUUUUUUAAUCUCUGAAACUUUUAAAACAGGAUAUGUUACCCAUUUUACUUUUGCGUCCAGGAAGCCAACGGAUUACUUCUUUUCCAGAUGUAUUAAGACUGUCUUGGUUACAUCUCCAGCCUCAGAAUAGUAGUUUUUCAUGUUUUUAUGUUCUUCUGAAAUGCUGGUUUAGAGGACUAAAAUAGUUCAACAAAAGUGGAAUGCUACUUAUUAAACCACUUUAAGGUUUUAAAGGGACAGUUCACGUAAAAAAAUGAAAAUAUACUCACUAUUUACACUCCCUCAAUUGGUUCCAAACCUU